AUGGAGCAACCUCAGAAUCUUAAAUCUCUUUUCGCCGCAGCGAAGGCGGAAAAAGCUGCACUAGAAGCUCGUCCUGACACCAACACAGAUCAGUAUCGCAAUGAUGUCAGCGCAACAAUAUCAAAGUUUGAGGAAUGCCAGCGGCUCGUGAGCUUGCUAUCUUUAUUCAGUUCAAAUGAACCACUAGAAGACAUAACAACGGGUGAUUUACAGUAUCUCGCAGUUGAUUAUCACCUUGCCGACCUCCUCCAAAAAUCUUAUAAUUCCAAUCGCGAGUCUAGUCUUCGGAGCGCAUUGGAGCACUAUGAGAAAUACCUUUCAUGUUUGAAUAAUUACGAAAUGCUCAAUGACAGUAACAAAAAACUUUACGAGCGAUAUACGGCUAAUCCGAUCUCCUUUUCUCUAACAUCGACUAAUGACGCUGCUACCCGAAGAGAAGUCAAAAUCACAAGGUUUAAGGAGGAGAAGGAACUUAAACAAAGACUCGAGUACUUGUCGAAUAACCAAAGUCGACUCCAAAGCGACGAGGACGAUGUUCGGCAGCUUUACCUCGCGGAGAUCAAUUUAUAUGUCCACCAAACGUUCCAGUCACUUGAUCUUCUUUCCCAGGAAAUUUCUAUGCUGUCAAGCAUUCGCAACGCCGUGCCCAACCUCGAACAAGCCCAACGGGACGACUCCAGGAGCCGGAAUGGGGAGGACCGCUCAACCUACUCCGAGCGACUCGAUCCUCCGAUCUCUCAGCUUCUCCAAGGAGGAAAAUUUGGUCCACUUCUUAGCAAGGAAGGAAGGCCAAUGCAGCCGUUUACGCUGCUUGAUCGUCGGUCACAGCUUCAGCAAGGGGUUUUCCGGCCCAGUCAUAACUUGCCAACUAUGACGAUUGAUGAAUAUCUUGAGGAAGAAAGGAGAAGAGGCGGCAUCAUAGAGGGAGGAGAAAAGUCAGGUAUGAAAGAAGAAGUCGACGAGGACGAUUUGGACAGAGCCGAUGAAGAAACCAUGAAAGCGCGUGCCUGGGAUGAAUAUAAAGAAGCGAACCCGAGAGGCUCUGGAAAUACGUUGAACAGAGGCUGA